CGUGGUGUGUGCAUUACUCCGUUUCUCGCCAUGUCUUCUCACAAGACUUUCAGGAUUAAGCGAUUCUUGGCCAAGAAACAAAAGCAAAAUCGUCCCAUUCCCCAGUGGAUUCGGAUGAAAACUGGUAAUAAAAUCAGGUACAACUCCAAAAGGAGACAUUGGAGAAGAACCAAACUUGGUCUGUAAGAAAUUACACAUGUGAUGGCACACAUAUUUAUGCUGUCUGUAGGUCACAGUCGUGUUACCAAAUCAAGCUGAAAAAUGUCACCGCCAUCUGGAGAAGUUUGAACAGUUUCCUUUCUGUAUCUGUUAUGAAGGCAUUAGUACAACGCACAGUGCUUCCAUUAUUCAUGUUAAAAAACAACAAAACAAGGUUUUGGUUGCCUGGGUUCAGUAAUAAAUAUAUGAGACCUUUCA